AUGAGAAUUGAGAAAUGCUGGUUCUGUUCGUCCAACAUAUACCCCGGCCACGGGGUUGUGUUUGUGCGGAGCGACGCGAAGAUCUUCCGCUUCUGCCGCUCCAAGUGUCACAAGCACUUCAAGGCGAAGCACAAUCCGCGCAAGUUCAAAUGGACGAAGGCGUACCGCAAAGCCGCAGGCAAGGAGCUCGCAGUGGACGCGACCUUUGAGUUUGAGCAGAAGCGCAACACGCCGGUCCGCUACGACCGAGAUCUUUACGUGAAGACGAUUCGCGCCAUGAAGCGCGUGGAGGAGAUCAAGAAGGCGCGGAAGGAGCGCUUCUACACGCAGCGCAUGCUCGCCGCCAGCGAGCGCAACAGAGAAAGAGACUACAACGAGCUCGAGCGCAACGAGAAGCUGCUCCUGCGCGAAGGCCGCAUUCUUCAGGAAGAAGAAGCCAAGCGGAAGGAAAAAACCAGGACGGAAGCCGAGGACGAACAGGCAGUCCUCGAAGACGAAGAGGACGAAGACGUGGAGAUGGACGAGGAGAAGCCGGCGCUGCGGAAAGUCAAACAGAAGGCCCUCGCUUAA